AAGUUUUGAUUUUAGCGUCAUUUCGGUUAUAACUAUUUUCAUUUUCGCAACACAAUCAUCGCAAAAUAAUAUUGUUUUUAUUCGUGGCGAAGAAUUCCGGCUCUACCCAUUGACACGAAUCAAUUUUAUAGAUAUAGCUUUUAGCACGUGAUAAAUUUUCAAUUUUUAAUCAAGGACGACCAGCAGACAAGGCAAUGAAUUUAAAAAAUUCCAAGUUUUUCAAGAGGAUUCAGGAGCUGCGCCACUUCUCCAAGGAGAAAAUUCGGAAGGAUCGCGAAAAGAGGACACACGUUGCUCGCGCCCUGGACAUGGCUCUUAAUGAGCAGCCGUGCUUGGACCGGGAAUGGUUCAGUCCGGAGCAAUCACCGCCACUGCAGCCCAUGUCCCCACGCCGCCGGAUGAAGAAGACCCGGUGCCUCAAGAGGAGGGCAGCCGCCGGCAAGCAAGUGGGUGACAACUCCCCAUAUUACGGACCAUCUUCUGGCGAAAACAGUCCAAAGCCUGCUGACGAAGCCAAACUGCAGGGCUUCAUUCAACUGAACAACAAGACCUACCGAGUGGAAUGCCCCACUCGGGUGCUCAAUCCUCCCAUGAACGUCGACGAGGAGCGGCCAGCCAGCGAAACCAAGAGUACCAUCUGCGUGUCCAACUCGCGCUACGCCAUGAUUGGGAAGAUCUCCAAGACGCUGGGCUACAAGUUGGUCAAGGAGUCCAAGAUGUGGAACAUCCUCUGGUCGGAUUCGUUUCCCGGCGUGGAGCUAUUCAAGAACAUGAAGCGCUUCCAGCAGAUUAAUCACUUUCCGGGCAUGAUCGAGAUCUGUCGCAAGGAUCUCCUCUCGCGGAAUCUAAACCGGAUGCUAAAGAUCUUUCCGCAGGACUACAAAAUAUUUCCCAAGACCUGGAUGCUGCCGGCGGACUAUGGAGAUGCCAUGAACUACGCGCUCAAUCACAAGCGCACGUUCAUCCUGAAACCGGAUUCUGGUGCCCAGGGUCGUGGCAUCUGGCUGACAAACGACCUGAAGACCAUAGGUCCUCACGAGCGCCUCAUCUGCCAAACGUACAUAAACAGGCCCCUGCUCAUCGAUGGCUACAAGUUCGAUCUGCGUGUCUACACAUUGAUUACCUCCGUGGAUCCCCUGCGCAUCUUCGUGUACAACGAGGGAUUGGCCAGAUUUGCCACGAACAAGUACGUGGAGCCCACGCCCGGAAACGCCAACGAUCUGUACAUGCACUUGACCAACUACUCGGUGAACAAGCGGAACUCGCAUUACGAACUGUGCGACAACGAUGACUGUGGCAGCAAGAGGAAGCUGAGCGCCAUCAACACUUGGAUGCGGCGGCACAACUACGAUGUGGAGGAGUUCUGGAGCAAUGUGGACGACGUGAUCAUUAAGACGGUGCUGAGCGCGUGGCCAGUGCUGAAACACAACUACCAUGCCUGCUUUCCGGGUCACGACAAGAUCCAGGCCUGCUUCGAGAUCCUCGGCUUCGACAUCCUGGUGGACUGGAAGCUGAAGCCCUACAUCCUCGAGGUCAACCACUCGCCCAGUUUCCAUACCAACGAGCAGGUGGACAGGGAGGUAAAGCGACCGCUCAUCCGGGACACCUUGAACUUGGUUAGCACGGUCCUGGCGGACAAGAGGCAGAUUCUGAAGGAGGAUCGCAAGCGGGUCAAGCAGCGACUGCUCAAGAUCAGGGGAGACCCACCAGUACAACGUCCGCGUCUUGGUGGCGGCACCUCCAAGCCCAAAAUUGAUGUCCAGAAGGGCAGUCCGGAUGCCCAGCCCGUGGAUGUUGAACCCGAAGCUGAGGACCAUGGCCCACUGGCCCAGCAAAUCGCCUGGGAGGAGAGUCAUUUGGGCAAUUUCAGGAAGAUAAUGCCGCCACCAGACCUGAGCAAGCUGGACUACUACACUCGCUUCUAUGCGCAGUCGAACCAGGUGUCCAUCUUUGCGGAGACGGCGGCCAGUAAAAAGCGCGAGGAUCUCGCGCGCAAGAUGCGCAUCCAGAUCGAGGAGAAGAAAGCCAAGCAGCAGCAGAUGCUGAACGGGAAGGCCAAGCGGGAUGCUAGGAAACGACACACCGUGCUGCUGCCGCGGGCGGUGCGCGAGAGGAACCGGAUGAACCUCUUCCGGCUGAGGGAGAACUGGUCGCCGGGCUUCAUAUCGGAUGCGGAGGAGCGACUGCGCCACACCUGGCUGCACAUGCGGGCGGAGGCGAUACGAACGCUCAAGAUCACCGAAAAUAUCUACAGCAAUCUCUACGAAACUGGACUCCUGACCAACACGGACAUGGUCGUCUAUCCGCAUCUCUACCACAACUUGCAGCACGGCUACGACAUCAAACAUGUUCCAUAGUCAGUCAUUUGGCCCAACUCCAGCCACACAGACUACUCACACUCAUCCACAAUGUGUUAUUAAAAUUCGUUGAUUAAAUUUAAAUUGCUGCUCGUCACAAGAAAUGUAAUAAAAUGCUUUCGAAUCUUUAAAAUAAA